AUGCUGCGAUUGCGUCUGAGCCGCUUUGCCACCCAAAGGGCGUGGUCAGAAGUUCGUGCCUACCGGAAUUCCCGCGACAGUUCACUGCGCCCAAUCGCGGCCGGCAUGACCUUGCCCAUGACACAGUCGCAAUUUUCGCUGUAUUGUGUGGAGUUUGCAGCACCGGGCACGAGCAUUGCUCAUGCAGCGGUGUCGAAGAUCUUUCAGGCAGAGGAGGAGGUGAAGUUGGACGUUCUUUGUGAAGCCGUCAAAGAUGUUGGCGAGAAGUACUGGAGCAAGAUCCAAUUCAAGCGCGGCGAACAUGGCGCAGCAUCGGACGUAAUGCACAUCGCCUACACAGGUAUGCGUCGUGAGGAAGUUCCGAUCCAGAUCUUUCCACAGCUUCCCGAGCCUGCUUCAAUUCAUCAAGCUGUCACGAAGGGGCAGUCGCUCAGACUCCCUUUCAAGAUUUCCGAGGAUGAAAUGCGCUUCCUCCUGGAGUUUCACAAUGCACCGAUUGAGCUGCAGCCCGAUGAAGAAAAUCCAGCCCGGCGGGUUGCCAUCGUUCAGUACGAGAAUGGCAAGGUGGGUUUGCAUGUGCUUGCAAACCAUAUGCUGGAGGAUGGUACGAGUUUGCCGGCCGUGCUGAGACUGAUUCAAUACCAGUACAAUGUGCGAUUGGGCCGCACCGACUCGCUGCCGGAUCGCAAGCCUCAGGAGUUGCUUCCCUAUUCCGUCUUUGUUGAUCAUGAGCUACGAUACUUGAGGUCUUCACAGUACGAGACAGACAAGAAAUUCUGGAUGGAGAAGCUGGACGGCACCUCUCCAGUAGGAACCGACCUCUUUGGUGGAGUGUACCAGGAAGGUGCCGUCCAUGACCUGAAGGACAGCAAGAGCAAGUUCGAGGCUGAGUUUUGCACAUACUCGAUUCCAAGCAAUGUCGACUACAUGCAAAUGGCCAAGACGUACUGUCAGGAGCGCAAGAUCUCCUACUUUCAAGCCUACCUGGCGGCAUACUAUUGGGCCUUGCACCUCGCGACCGGGAAGAGCGACUUGAUGGUCUCCACAACCUUCCACGGGCGAAUGGAGCAAGACCUGAAGCGAGUCAACGGAAACUGCAUCAACAUUCUGCCUUUGCGCCAGGAGGUCUCGGGUGACAUGACCUUCGACCAGCUGGUGGAGCAAGUUCGGAGCAAUGUUCGAAGCUCAAAGCGACAUGGCCAGUUCCCCUUCGAUGAGCUUCAAGGAAAACAAGCCGUCCUCGAGUACAUGCUGGCCAGCUACGAACUCCCCACGGACAUGGUUGUCGUGGAUCACGAUUCGACCAUCAACCCAUGCACGAUCCGCGUGCACCCAAGGGAGGAGGCGACGGAGGUCUAUGUGGCGUACCAGAAGAACGUCCUCACGCAAAGCUCGGUUGAUGCGUUGGUGCAGCUCUGGUUGCAGGUUUUCAAGGAUGCUGUCCAGAACCCGCACAAGAAAUUGAGCGAGCUCGAUGUUCUCGCGAAAGAUCAGAAGCAGGCUAUUCUCCGCAAUUCUCAUGGACCCGAGCUGCCUUCGAUCGGCUCGCCGCGCUACGACGACCUCUUCGAGAUGGGUCUGGUGGAGGACGGGCGGCCAAAGCCGGAAGGCAGCAAGAUUGCGGUGCGCUGUGGAGCAGAAACGCUGACAUACGCCGACUUGCGUAGCCUGUCGGACCGGAUCGCGAGCCUACUCAGCAAGCACGACAGCAAGGUGGUUGCCAUCCAUAUGCCGGAGAAGCGUGCCUUGAUGAUCCCUUUGCUCUUGGGCGUGCUGAAGGCGGAUGCUGUCUUCAUGCCCUUGGACUCGUCCCUGCCUUUGUCGCGAAUGGACACGAUGAUGCAGAACUGUGGUGCGAGGCUGGUGGUGACCAGCGAUGAGAAGACCUUUGAUGGCCUGGAGGGUGUAACCGUUCUCUCUACCAAAGAGUUGGAGGCCGUCGCGAAGGGGAUGCAGUCAGUAUCGACCUUGGCGAACAAGGGGACGUCCGAAGACCUCAGCGGCUUGCUCAAACGUUAG